AUGUUCAAGUUGGUGGUAUUGUCUGCUCUCCUCGCCGUAGCUGUCGCUCGUCCCGGCCAUCUGUAUGAGUCUCCGCUGGUCUAUUCCGCCCCGGCUACCACAACCAUCGUACAGGAGCCCUACCUGGCCAAUGUUGGUUCCGUGGUAAAGAGCGUUCCCACCUCUGUCUCCCACCAGAGCCAGUCGGUGGUCCACAGCUCUGCCCAUGUUGUCCAGGAUGUUGUCGCCCCCGUGGUAAAGACCUAUGCAGCUCCCGUCAUCACCAGCUAUGCGGCAUCUCCUCUGGUCCACACCUCAUACGCCUCUCCCCUCGUCCAUACUUCGUAUGCGGCCACUCCCGUCGUCUACAACGCUGGCUGGUAA